UAAAAUCUAACAACCGAGAGCGACGAGACAAGUAGCUGGCCUUCUCUCCGACUGUUUAAAAACCUUUUUGUAAUUGUGCAACAUCUCCGGCCCCUUGCCCCCGAAGAAUCCUCCUGCCACCUUCAGUCGAGCCAAGUCGAUUCAAUUGGCUUGCCCCAGCUUUCGGAAUAGCGUUUCGCCAGCCAGCCAUCUGUCCAUCAUGCUUCGAACCGUCACGGGACGCGCUGCCGCCUCGGGCCUUAUGAAGUCAGCUCUGCCUCGGGUCUCCCAAGCAGCUGCGUCCACAUGCUCGCUUGCCCCGCAACUGCGACUUCAGAACAAGACUCGGGUUGGUGGUCUUCAACUCUCCAGAGCUAUUCACAGCACUUCAGUCAGAAUGUCUCAGACACGAACAGAGAGCGAUGCCUUUGGCGAGAUCCAGGUCCCCGCCGACCGAUACUGGGGAGCCCAGACGGAGCGAUCUCUCGAGAACUUUCGCAUCAACCAGCCCCAGGAUCGCAUGCCCCCACCCAUUGUCAAGGCAUUUGGUAUCCUGAAGGGUGCUGCCGCCACUGUCAACAUGCGAUAUGGCCUUGACCCCAAGAUUGGUGCUGCUAUCCAGCAGGCCGCCAAGGAGGUUGCUGAUGGCAAACUCCUCGAUCACUUCCCUCUUGUCGUUUGGCAGACGGGCUCCGGCACUCAGUCCAACAUGAACGCAAACGAGGUCAUUUCCAACCGAGCCAUCGAGAUCCUCGGCGGAACUAUGGGUAGCAAGAAGCCUGUCCACCCCAACGACCACGUUAACCGUAGCGCCUCUUCCAACGACACCUUCCCUACUGUUAUGCACAUUGCUGCCGUCCUUGACAUCGAGGGCGAGCUCUUGCCUGCCCUCCACAGCCUCCGUGCUGCCCUGCAGAAGAAGGUCGAUGAGUUUGAGGCCAAGAAGAUUAUCAAGAUCGGACGUACUCAUCUCCAGGACGCUACGCCUCUAACUCUCGCCCAAGAGUUCUCUGGUUACGUUGCUCAACUCGACUUUGGCAUCAAGCGUGUAGAGAGCUCUCUCCCUGAUUUGCGUCUCCUCGCCCAAGGCGGCACCGCCGUUGGCACGGGCAUCAACACUUUCCAGGGCUUCGCCGAGGCUAUUGCUGAGGAGGUCACCAACAUGACUGGCACCGAGUUCAAGACUGCCCCUAACAAGUUUGAGGCCCUGGCUGCCCAUGACGCUAUUGUCCAGGCCCACGGCUCUCUUAACACCCUUGCUGCCUCUCUGACCAAGAUCGCUCAGGAUAUUCGAUACCUCGGCAGUGGCCCUCGCUGUGGCCUUGGUGAGCUCAACCUGCCCGAAAACGAGCCUGGCAGCAGCAUCAUGCCUGGAAAAGUUAACCCCACGCAGUGUGAGGCUUUGACUAUGGUCUGUGCCCAGGUUAUGGGCAACCACGUUGCGACCACUAUUGGUGGCAUGAAUGGCCAGUUCGAGCUUAACGUUUACAAACCUCUGGUCAUCCGCAACCUCCUGCACAGCUCACGCCUUCUAACAGAUGGCAUGCGCUCUUUCGAGAAGAACCUAGUUGCUGGUCUCGCCGCUAACGAGGAGAAGAUUGCUAGCAUCAUGAAGGAGUCGCUCAUGCUUGUCACUUGCCUCAACCCCAAAAUUGGUUACGACAUGGCCAGCAAGGUCGCCAAGAAUGCUCACAAGAAGGGUCUGACCCUCAAGCAGAGUGCUCUCGAGCUCCAGGCUCUGACUGAGGAGGAGUUUGAUACUCUUGUCAAGCCCGAGCUUAUGGUUGGCCCCAGCCCCUACAAGGGAUGAAAAUUACUAUAAAACAAAAUCGUGAUGCCAUGUAUCAAAAUUAUAAAAGCGCUCAUAGAUCAUUUAACCAGAGUCCCACUCCCGUUAGACGAAUAACAACCUCAGAUGUUAUUCAAACGGUCAAUGGGGGUUUAAUUCAACCGAAUAAAACAUUGUAAAAUAUGAA